ACACAAAGAGCGACCUCGAUUCAUCUAAAAUUUCCCUGAAAUGGAUAAUAAGCUCGCAGUUCCCCAGGCAUGGGAGGAGAGUUGCAGCAGGGUCGUUAAUCUUUAAAACAUCUCUUCUAAUAUUGUAAUAAUGAUUCUCAACACCAUUUCUUCUUCCAAUAUCUUCACACAUUUCUCCGAAGCUUCUCCUACACUGAGAAAAUCAGAUAAUGUUUCAGCAGCUCCUAUCAGCAUAGGCACUCACAGCAAGAAAAAUUACACAAUUUGGAACCGCAUCAUCACUGUAAAUUGUUUCCAAAAGUCAGCACAAGAAGAAGAAGAAAAAGUCAGUAAAACUAAAAAACUAGCACUGGCUGAAUGGCUUUCCAGCACAGAAAGGGUAGCAGAGAUACCGAAUUCGAGUCCCGCUCCGCCAUUCAAGUCCACGGGAACGCCUUCGACUCCAUCUCGUCCUUCAGUAAAUUUGAAAAAUUCGGCUUUCACACCUUCCUCUCGCACCUGGACGCGGCGGUCACAUGGCCAGCUCACAAAACGCUACGAAAAAACCUCGAAACAACGGGAGCCUGCUUCAUGGAUGCCAAAGAAGCCAAACCUUAAGGACGCGGCGCUCGCAACGUUAGAAGAUGAUGGGAGAGAGGUGGUCUACGGUGACAAUGGACUGGCUUACCGCUUAGCGGAAGCGCCAUUUGAGUUUCAGUACAGUUACACGGAGACCCCCAAGGUAAAACCCUUGGCACUCCGGGAAGCGGCGUAUGUUCCGUUUGGGCCGACGACAAUGCCGAGACCGUGGACGGGCCGGGCUCCAUUGCCGCCGAGCAAGAAAAAGCGACCUGAAUUCGACAGCUUCCAGCUGCCUCCGCCGAACAAGAAGGGGGUUAAGCAUAUUCAGCCCCCAGGGCCAUUUGCGGAGGGGCAGGGCCCUAAGUAUGUCAAGACGAGAGACGAGAUUUUGGGAGAGCGUCUCACGAAAGAGGAGGUUAAGCAGCUCGUCGAGAGUAGUUGCCAUUCCAGUCGACAGCUUAAUAUCGGGAGGGAUGGUUUGACACACAACAUGUUGGAAAAUAUCCAUGCCCAUUGGAAACGCCGACGUGUUUGUAAGAUAAAGUGUAAAGGAGUUGCAACAGUUGAUAUGGAUAAUGUCUGUAAUCAGCUCGAGGACAAAACUGGGGGAAAAAUCAUUCAUAGGGAUGGGGGAGCUGUAUAUCUUUUUCGGGGUCGAAAUUACAAUUAUAAAACACGACCUGUGUUUCCUAUGAUGCUUUGGAAGCCUGCAGCUGCAGUCUACCCGAGGUUGAUUGAACGUGCUCCUGAAGGUCUGAGCAUAGAUGAAGCAAAUGAAUUACGCAAAAAAGGACGAUCACUACUUCCAAUAUGCAAGCUAGGGAAAAAUGGUGUCUAUUUGAAUCUUGUAAAAGAUGUUAGAGAUGCCUUUGAAGUGUGUGAUCUGGUUCGUGUCAACUGUCAAGGCUUGAAAUCUAGUGAUUACAAAAAGAUAGGUGCUAAACUGAAGGAUCUAGUUCCCUGUGUUUUACUUUCCUUUGAACAUGAACACAUAUUAAUGUGGAGAGGAAAAGACUGGAAAGUCAAUGAGCAAGGUGUUGGAGCUCCUGAAUCACAUUCAGACAAGGAAUGCUCAGUUGCUGAUUCAGUCGAAGACACAACUAGAUAUACUGUAAUGACUACUUUCUCAUCAGAUGAGAAGUUUGGUAAUGAAAACCCGAUAUCUGACUGUACUGAUGCAUUAACCAAGGAAAAUGUGCUUGAGAGAAAUUCUCUGCCAUUUGAAAAUGUUGCAGAUCAGCCUUCAGGUGAUAAAGAUGAAAUAACAGCAGAUCUUGAAAAUUCUACCAGCCUGCAACAUUUGGUAAUAAAUGUAGAUGACAGCAAGGGUGAAGAAAAUGCAGUUGAAAACAAUUCUUUGGCAUUUCAAAAUGGUUUUGAAUUUGAUUCUUUUGAGGACAAAUUGGAUACUUCAUCUUCUUCAGAGGAGGAACUUUUAGAUCUAAUCAAAUCAAAUCAAAUUUCUGACAAUGUACUUACUGCGGAUGUUUCUGGGUCAAUCACAAACAAAAAUAUACAAUUUUUUGGGGAGGACUCUGCCUAUAAUUUUAGAACUUCAUCUUCUUCAAUAUUGGAACUUGAAGAGUUAGUUGAAUCAAGUGAAAUGAAGGCAUCCUCUAAUGGAGAAUUUGAUUCGAGUGUUUAUGUAUCAUUCACAAAUACAGACAAACAAUGCUUGGGUGAGGAUUCUGCACAUAGUUCCGAAGCUUCAGAUGUGCCAUUCUUCCAUGGAGGUGAGGAUGCAGCUAUUUUAGCUUCAAAACAAGCAUCAGAAGCUGAAAUGAAUAUGGUUGGUGAAGAGCUUGCGGAAUCCACUGAUGAGGAAUCUAUUUUAUAUUCAGAUGAGGAAUCUAAACUUUAUGUGCAACCAGAGUAUGCUGAGAAAGCUAAUGGGCAAGAAAAUGAUGAUUCAUUUAAUCAUGUAGACAGUAAAGAAUUGAUAGUCAAUAGUAAUUCAGAAACCAGUCAAGGAGGAGCUGGUUUGCACAUUGAAGUCUUGUGGGAGCAGGCAAUUGAUUCAGGUAGAGUUCUGUUGCUAGAUGAAUCAGAUGUGGAUCCUGACAUAGUUCACCAAAAGGCUGUUGCUUUUGCAAAGACUGCUCCUGCUGGGCCAUUCUUCAAGCGCAAUUUUUCACGCAAAAAGGUGAUUAAAAAGCCUUGGAAAAACACAUCUUUAGUAAAAACAAGUGAAUCUGAGGGUCUGAUGGCUGCUGAAAGGCAUAAUAAUGAUGUAAGAGGGGAAAUGCCUCUUUCCUCUUAUGAUUUGCCACAUGGAGGAUUGGCAUUAGAUGAGCUUGCUAGGCUUUUAGCUCAAUGAUUUGUUGUAUUUUAGGCCUUGAUGCAUAAUAGGUUUUUAAAAGAAUGUUUUCCCUCUUGCACAUUGAUUUUUCCAUUUACUUCAAUCUUUGAGUCAUUACUUAGGUACUGGUCUCUUCCCAAUUGUUGCGCUUCAUAGCAUAAGAAUUCCCCCCAUUUGUAAAUGUACCAAUUCCAUUUUGAUACCUGAUGAAAUAUUGGUGUCACACACAAUCUUUUUGAGGAUUGCCAAUAGACAACACUAUGAAUAAAGCCAAAUACAAGUUCAUCACA